AUGUCGAAAAGCCAUAUGAAUCUUAAUGGGUUCAUAUGGCUCUUCGUCAAGCUGAGGUAUUUCCUCAGGGUGACUAUCGUUCGUCGAAUAACGGAUAUUACAAGAGAGAUGGAUCUAAUUGUUCAUACCCUUAGCAGCUACCCAGAUGCUGAUGUGAAUCUAAAGAUGGAUGUUGGAAUAGAAGACUGCUUACACAUUGAGUUUGAGUAUAAUAAAAGCAGAUAUGCUGUG